CGACUGGACCAAUAUAAGGAGCAGAGGGACAGAUCGAAAGCAUUCCCACUAGCACCAUGAGGACCGUCAUUGCUCUGGCACUUCUCGUCGUCGCGGCUCAGGCCGUCGAAUGGCAAAACAUCAAGCCCCGACAUGCCUAUAGGAACACCAUCAGGCCUGUUGCCAGGCAUAGCCGCAUCGUCGGCGGAGUCAUCGCCUCUCCUGGACAGUUCCCCUUCCAGGCCGGUCUCUACCUCGACGGCUCUGGUUUCUGCGGCGGCUCCCUCAUCAGCGACACCGUUGUCAUGACUGCUGCUCAUUGCUGUGACGGAACUCGUACCUAUGACGCUCAUCUUGGCGCCCAAGUAAUUGGCGACCAAACCGAGCCCAACCACCAGGUGGUCAGGUCCACCGACGGCCAGUUGCACGAGAACUACAACUCCUUCACCCUUGACAACGACAUCUGCGUCAUCCGCCUCCCCGCCCCCGUCUCUGGCAACGGCAUUGCCUCGGUUCGUCUGCCCUCUCGCUCCCAGGUCGGAGAGACUUUCCAAGGCGUUGUCGCUACCUCGUCUGGAUGGGGACGCCCGUCCGACGCUGACCCGAGCAUCAGCCAAGACCUCAGAUUUGUCGAUGAUGUCACCAUUAUGUCCAACGCUGAGUGCGCCAGCUACUUUGGCAGCAUCAUCACUCCCAGGCACCUCUGCAUUGACACAACCAAUGGCGGAGUUUGCAACGGUGACUCUGGCGGCCCUCUGACCAUCUUCGAAACCGACGGCGUGAAGACUCAGGUCGGUGUCACCAGCUUUGUGUCCUCUGCUGGUUGCGAAUCUGGAUCUCCCCACGGCUACUGCAGAGUUUCCGAGUACCUCGACUGGCUCGCGACCAACGCCGGAGUCACCAUCCGCCCUUAAUUGCCCAGACUGCCAACCCUUCACUCAAACCCCACUCACCUGUGAUCAUGUACCUUCUAUUAAAAACAUAAUAGAGAAGCAUGAAAAUUAAA